GCUAGCGGGGCGACCAGUGUGACCCAAUGGAAGAGACGACGAACUCCCGGAGUUCCCAUGGCUCACAGUCUGGGUCUCGCAGCGAACAUGAAGAUGCCGAGCUCGGCACACAAUCCUCGGAUUUGAUGCAUCCCAUGAACCUCAAGCCACGUCGAAGCUGCGGUCCACCACUGAACGGAGCCUGCUGUUGCCACUGCUUCUAUGUUUGUCAAUUCUUGAUCUUCAUGGUGAUCUUUCCAUUAUGGACCAAGUGGCUGGUGACCAACCCCAUGCCGACUCAGUAUUGGCAUGAGGCCUUCCCCAGCUGGCCCGCGAUCAGUGCGCUGGGCGGCCAAGAGUUGGCCAUGGAGAGUGGGGUGGCCCAUCCCAUCCAGAUGUCGCCCAUCCCCACGGAGCCUGACGCCUGCAAUUUCAGCUGUUCCUCCUGGCGUGGCUACCGCACCAAUGAGAUGAAUUUCCGCGUGAGUUUGGCCCUGAACCACUCGGGCUUGGACAAAGGAUUCGUCCAUACGGUCUACCCCGUGUUGCUGGCGUCCGCCGACUUCAGUGACUGGUGGGUAGUGGCAGAUCGUCGGCAUGCCUGGCCCUCCCCGUUUUGGCGCGCGCAGACGUCGACCUCGGGACAUACCUACGUGCACGACACGGACAGCUGCACCCGGCCCCCGGAGAAGGAGGGUCAGAUCAAGUUGGAUUCCGAUCUGUACGUGUUGGCAUGCCUUGUUUGGCGACCGUCCGCGUUUGCAGAACUGGAGGGUUUGGACGAGUUGGACGACUCCGAUGUGGCCAGUUUUUGUCAGAGUGCCGGCGGCGUGUGCGGCUGGACCUGCGAUUCGGUACUGAGCCCAGAGCUGCUCGAGGGAUGUACUGCACAGAGUUCUAUUGAGAUGACCAGGACCUCGUUGGCGGGGCGUGAGGUUCCAGGGGCAGAUUUUGUGGGCGAGGUCCAGUUGAAGCAAUGCGUCAGCAAUGUGAAAUCUGAGCACUGCGAGACGUCCAUGGAAAGCUUCAGGCAGUGGACGUGCCACAAUUGUCUCUGGGACGAUCGCACGGAAGAUGACAUGCGCCGUCUCCAAAGUCGCAGCAUCAACGCUACAAGACGUCUUCAAGGUAUUGGUGGUUUACCCGCUCCGCCCGGCGGCCUUGGGGGUCUCUUCGGCGGCGGUGAGGAAUCCAGCAGCUCCAGCACAGGUGGCGGCCUCGGCGGUGGCCUUGGUGGCCUCUUUGAUGAGACCCAGACGGAUGGCAAGACCAAGGGACCAAUGAUUUACACCUCGCUUCCCCGUUUCCGGGUCUCAGUCAGCGGCUCGACGGCUCCUGCCGGGACCGACGUCUUCAGUCAGCCCCGGGUGUUCCUGCUGCAAUCCUCUCGUUCGAAGCGUGGUAUGUGGCAGAAACUUUACAAAGACAACUAUGGCAAGCGACAACCACCAGAGCCUGUGGAUGAGUCUGGGAAGCCGAUCGUAAAGAAAGUCGAGACCAAUGACUACUAUGAUGAGGAAAUUCCACCAUUGCAGGAUCCAGCCAGCAAACAUGGCAUGAAGUUGGCGCAGCAGAAUCGCUUGGAGAUUGAUCCUGGCUGGUGCUAUGGUCGUCAGGGCCCCUUAUAUUUGGUGGCCUGCGCGGUGAACAGCACGCUCUAUGAAGGAAGCUUCAGCCGUUUCAAGCCUGGUCAGCAGGCCGCCCCUCCGCCCUUCAACGAUCGCUGUGUGGCGGUCUCGGGGCGUUGUGCCUAUGCGUGCCAGAGUGACCAGCGGCCCAUGACCAACUGCACUGAGGAUGGUUUCAUUCAUCAGUCUGCACUUCUGGGAGACGUUGCAUAUGAAAAGAAUCAGACCACGCCCGUGUGGUUGUUCUGCUAUGUCUUGCUGGUGGGAUUUGGAGUGAAGGCCGUCAUGCUUUGCCCCGGGGUGUUCUCACCAUAUCCGCACUUCCGGAGGUACGACCCGGAGCUAACGUCAAUGUUGCGCUACAUCAUGGUCACUGUACCCAGUGCUAGUGAGAACAAGUGCACCGUGUUGCGGAAUGUUGUGGGAGCUAUUGGUUGCAUGCCGAAGGAUUGCCGCUGCCGUUAUCACGUGGCCUUUGUGGACGAAGGGCACAGAGCCGAGCAGAAGGUGAUGUUCAUGAAGUUGGCUGCGGUCAUUGAACGCAUUCCCAACUUUGGUGGUGCCUCAUAUGAGGAGAAUGUGAGUCGCUUCUUCCAAUCCUGGGUGGAAGAUACCAAGAAGAUGGACUUGGCAAAGGUCCGAGAUGGCUAUCCUGGUGAGGUGGAGGCGGAGAUCAUGCGCCGCAUGAGCGGCAAAAACACCCUGCGCAAACUUCGGAAGGAGGGUGGCUGGGGCUCCAUGCCCCCAGAGGUCUUCGAGGCCUUGGAAGUGGCCUUGGCACAGCUGGAAGAGGACUUGAAGAACGACAAGAAAGAAAAGAAAGACUUGCACCGGGACGAUGUCGCUGACUGGGAGCCGCAGGAUCGCAACAGUCUGGCGCUGCGCUUGCAUUAUUUGGCGCGUGCCAAGCCCAUGGAGGAUGAACGAACCAUCAAGGCUCAGCACGUGGCGCCUGGCACUUGGUACUACAAAGUGCCUCAAAAUGCCGAGAACAAGGACUGGCUGAAGUUGCGAGCCAACGCUCGAGAGAUGGUUUAUGGCCUGGAAGAUGACGAUCCCUUCAUGAACAACGUUCCCCUUCGCACCAGCCGUGGCAAAGCUGGCGGCUUGAACUUUGCGGAGAACUACUUGAGCAUCUACGCCGACAAGCCCGAGAACAUGUAUGGAGAUGAGCGGGACCACUUUCCAUGUCUUUACAGCAUUUGCGAUGCCCGGCAUCAGUUCCAAACGGACUUCUUCCACUCGACUAUUCCGUACUUCUUUGAUGAUGAUAUGGACUUGAACCCCUAUGUUGGCUUCACGCAGUGCCCGCAGUUCUUCCACGAAAUGCAAGACAAGUUGGAUUACCUGGAUAACAACAACGCUCAGUUCUUCCGCUUGAAUUGCAUGAUUCGAAAUUGCUGCGGUGGCGUGAGUUCCUGUGGUACCAACGGCACCUGGCUGAUUCGCCAUGUCCAGGGCGACUUGGUGUGGGAAAGGGAGCGUCGCCGUGUGCGCGAUGCCGACAGCAAGCGUAGGAGCCAGGAAUAUGUGGAACGCCGCACCUUUCACGAAAGCUGCAAAGUGGAGGAUACCGCUAGCAGUCUUCAGACUGUGCUCCGUGGCCGACGCUCUCAGUUCAUCAAUCGUCGCUUGUCCUAUGGCAUGGCCAAGAACCCUGUGGAUUACUUGGCCGCCGUGCAGCGAUGGGCUGAGGGAGGCGUGGUCCUGUCCUUGCAGACCUUCUUCAGCUGCCACAAGGGUGUUUACAUGGUGUGGUUUACUUUGAUCUUCUUCUUUUGCUUUUUAGCUUCGCUCUUCCGGCUGGUGAGUAAGACAGACACCACCUGGGAGGUUGUGAAGUGGGGCAUGGUGGAGGAAGACUGGUAUACGAAGGCUAUGGAGCCCGUUGUCUCCUACCUUCGCAGUUUUGCCCUGGUGGCGCGCAGCGAAUACUUCACCCAGAAUCCCAAGUUGCUGGAGACAUAUUUGACCAUGACACUUCAGUUCAUCAGCUGGGUGUUGUGCUUGGUUCUCUUCUUGAUGGUCCUUUUCAUUUGCACCGAGCUGCUGAAGUUUGUUCAGCGGGUUUGUGGCCUGAAGCUUCCUAUUCUUUGGCCAGAUGAAAUGCGAUGGUGGGGAAGGCUGUUGAUCUCUAUGGAUAACUUGACCUACUUCCUGUGGUUUUGGACAGCCUUCUUUUGGAUUGGCUUCAACUAUUACAGUAUCUUUGCGAAACGCACCUACCACUUCUCCUCGACAGGCAUGUUUUCCUUCAUGCUGGCCGUGCAGCUCCUGAGUUGGGGCAUGGUCAUCGCCGCGGCCCUCCGCUACACCCUCUCCACGAGUAUGGAGGCCAACGAAGUGAUCGGCCUAUCGAUGGACAACAUUUGGCGCUCAACCCAGCUCUUCUACAUUUCCGCUCCGCUCCUACUGUACUCCAUCAUCAAAGGUUUCCAGGAUUACAUGCGCUACCAGAUGUACGGUGAAGAUAUCAGCUUUUGGAUUGGUGGUGACCGCGGUGCAAUGUCCACCAAUUUGGUGAAGUAUUGGACGUUGUUGCUGAUCAUGGGAGCCCUAGGCGCCUGGAUCUAUUACUGCAUCGAAGGACGAAAGCACACAGGUGUUUUAUCUGCCGUGAUCAUCGUCACGCUGAUUGCUCUGGAUGUGCUUCAUCCCUGCACCUACCUCUGGGUGGGUCGCACUAAGAUGACACCAGAAAAAGCCGCGCAGCUCACAUGGAGCCAGGCCUUAGUAACGCGAGGAUGGUGGGAGAUCAUGAUCGGCAGGUUGAUCUUGAACCAAACUGUGACAGGCGUUAUGAAGUGGCUGGGCCCGGCCUGGUUUGUGCUGAUGCCCUUCUUGACCUUGGUGAUGCCAUACAUUGGCGUGAAUCAAGCCUUUAUGAUCAUUGGUUCCACGACGAACCGCUAGUUUCUGUGUCGGAACGGACGCACCACGACUUGAGUGCCGGAAGUCCCGCAUCAUGGCGCGAUGG